GAGGGCUACACUGUUAGGGGACAAAGACUGAGCCAAAGGACUGAGAAGUUUGAGUUGAGGAUGCACGGCAGACCUUGAGAAGACUUUAUGAGACUGGAAAACUGGAAUAACAGGAAUAAUCUGUUUCUGGGGACUGUACAAACUUAAAAACUAAGAAGGCUUCUUUGUUUUAAUUUUUAAGAAAACCUUUCUGGAUUAGCUGAAGAAGAAAACAGGGUGUACUUCUGCUGUCUGUGAAUCUUAUCUCAGGGAACUGUCUGUACCUCAGGAUUAUGGUGAUGUGUGCUUUGUGUGCGAAUCUGAAGGAUCAACAUGCUCAAAUGUAAAGCUGAUAACAGACUGCGCAGGCUGUGGACCCUCCUGCUGCUCCAAACCUGGGUCAACCUCAUUCACACAGAAGGGUCCGAGGGGCAAUGUGUAUUUGAUGUGUUCAGAAAAGAUUCAGGACUGGACUACAUUUCACUCACGCUCACCACAACUGGACAAGACUGUUUCUUCAUAAUCUCAUCUCAAGAAGCUGAAAUUGAUGGCGUUGAGUGCAUAAAGACUAUAGAGGGCAAUCAGUUAGAGAAUAAUCAGAUAAAAAGCAAAAACGAAGAACGAACAAACAAUAAAAGUGAGGAGUUAAAACAUGAUUAUCUGGCAACAAAUGAACUGGGUGAUAACAAUGGAAAGAACAAUGAAGGAGCAGUUUUUACCUGUCGUAUGGAGCACCUGGAGCCUGGCACCGCCUAUCAGCUGCAAAUCCACUCACAGAGAGACUGGCAGGUGCACAACGUCACCAUCCACACCAGCCCAUCAGCGGUCAUUGGGCUGGCACUCAGCUUCAGCUCCACGCGGAGCUUGGGCCUCUCAUGGCAGGCAGGACCGGGCCGGACACAGCGCUACAGGCUGCUGCUCUGGGAGCAUCCACACUCCGCACACUUGUCAGGUCUCAUAGGAAAUGAAACACUGGAAAGCACAGCAAUGCAACAUAUACUCAAAAACCUGGUGCCAGGACGAGAGUACAACAUUACAAUGGUUACAGAGUCUGGAGGGUUGCAGAACAGCACAUCUAUUGAAGCCCAAACAGUUCCUGCUGCAGUUUCCAACAUCACACUUGAUGACAGGAACAGCACGAGCCUGUUGCUAUCAUGGCAACAGCCUGAGGGGGAUUUGGAUGCUCUCAUCAUCACCUUCUUCACCAGUGACACCAGAGUUUGGGAGACACAUCUCCCCCCUAAUGCCACACAGGUCAACAUCCAUAACCUAACUCCAGGGUCCAGUUAUAAGAUAACAGUGGUGUCAACAAGCCAAGGACUGUCAAACCAAUCAGAAAUUUCACUCACAAUGAUCCCAGAAGCAGUAUCUGAAUUAGCCCUGUCUCCUUCCUCGGAUGGGGGCCUCUUAAUGUCCUGGUCUGCCCCUCAUGGCUCCUGGGAUGGCUACAGGCUUUUCUUGUUUGAUGGAACCCAGCAGCUCAUCAACACUACUGUCAACAGGGAGGCUGUAAAUUUCACCAUCCCUGGGACUAGUCUUACCCCGGGGAGACUUUACAAAGGCCUUUUGAGGGUAGAGAUUGGAGAACUGUAUGCUGAAAAGGCCUGUGAGGGAUUGUCAGCCCCUGCUCCAGUGUUGGACCUGCAUAUUCGUCAUGCUGAUGAAACAUCUCUUAGUGCCAUGUGGAGCCAUCCAUCUGGAUCACGAGACAGUUACUUCCUGAUUAUUUCCCAUGAUAAUGUAACUGUGGCCACUCGCAAGGUGCAGGCCAGUAUGAGAGAGUGCACCUUUAACGUGCUGACUCCUGGGAGGCACUACACUAUCACUGUGGUAUCCAGAAGCGGCACGGAGAACAGCUCAGUGUCUGUAGAAGGGCAGACAGUGCCCAUGUCAUUGACGAAGAUGAUCUUGAGCAGCGCAGGAGUGAACAGACUCCAGGUAUUAUGGGAAAAACCACCUGGAGAUGUUGAGUCAUACAUGCUAACCCUGCAACAGGACAGUAAUGUUGUGCAGAACUACAGUCUUCCAGAGGGUUCUUUCUCCUUGGUGCUGUCCGAGCUGACUCCAGGCACUCUGUACAGGCUGCAGGCUGUCACAGUCAGUGGAGGAGUACAGUCCAAACCAAGAAACCUGGAGGCACGAACAGUCCCAGCAUCUGUAACUGAGAUAACCACUUCCAAUGGUGGGAGGUCAGAUGCGCUUCAGGUGUCAUGGCGACCAGCAGCAGGGGCAGUGGACAGUUAUCUUGUGCGUCUUCAGGAUGGCAGUCGGACCGUUCACACUCUGGCAGUGUCCCGCUCCUCCACCCCAGAGUGCUCCUUCAGCUCGCUGGUGGCUGGGCGGCUUUAUUCUGUUGUCAUAGUGACACGAAGCGGCAGUUUGGAGAAUGCUACAACUGUGCAGGCUCGAACCCAGCCGGCAACUGUGCAAAACCCAACAGCUGUUCACUCUGGACGAGAUGACUUCCUUAAGGUUUACUGGCGCCAUGCUGCUGGUGAUCUUGAUUAUUAUAUGGUUCGAAUCCUGUACAACAACAGUGUGUUACAAAACAAGAGCGUUCCUGCAGGACACAAUGAAUGUGUCUUCACCUUUCUGAAGCCAGGACGACUUUACACUGUCACUGUGGAAACAUGGAGUGGAGACUAUGUCAGCACCGUCUCCACUGAUGGACGCACCUUUCCAGCUGCAGUGGGCAAUCUGUCUGUGGUUAGUGCAGGGACGGAUGAUCUGACUGUCACUUGGAGCCCUGCUCCUGGAGAUGUGGACCACUAUGAGGUUACAUUGCUCUUUAAUGACACUCAAGUUUUUCCACCGGUCACAUUGGGCAGUACUGUGCGGAGUCACAGGCUGACAUCUCUGACUUCAGGCCGACUGUAUAAGAUAGUGCUAUCCACAUUCAGUGGGCCAUACCAAAGAGCACAGUUUAUUGAGGGGAGAACAGUUCCCAGUGCAGUUAGGAACCUCCACUUAACACCAGCAUUUACAGAGACUCUUGGAGCGUUGAUUGCCUCUUGGGCACCUGCACCUGGAGACAUAGACAUGUACAUAGUCUCUCUUUCUACUGAGAGUGACCUAAUUGACAGGCGCCCUGUUCUAAAACAUGUCUCCUCAAGGGAGUUUGUGGACUUGAUCCCAGGCCAACUCUACAUCGUCACUGUUCAGUCAGAGAGCGGGAAGCUGACCACUAACAGCACAGCCCGCUGCAGAGCAGCUCCUGCUCGAGUGACAGCUCUUCAGGCAGAUAAUGCCCACACGACACACAGCCUCACUGUCUCCUGGGAGAGGCCAGAGGGAGUAUUUGACAGCUACAGGCUGCAGCUGCUGGACCAGGACAGCGCUGUCCUCAUCAAUCGAACUGUUGCCAUGGAGAGCCGCCGUGAGCAACUGGAGAACCUGACGUCUGGAAAGUGGUACAAAGUGAGAGUGGUGACUUUGAGCGGUGGUGUCCCAUCACUUGAAGCAACAGCUGAAGGGCAAACACGCCCAGCAGCUGUUAGCAACUUGACAGUGGUCUCAGCCAAUACAUCCUCCCUGUCUUUCUCCUGGCGCCCAUCAGAUGGUCAUGUUGACAUGUAUAACCUGUCCCUCUAUCAUGUCCCUGAGAGCAAUAGACAGGAGGCUGCAGAGGACAAACCAGAGGACAUAAAUGAGUUGGUGGGUCAACAGAAGAUGACCCCCUCUUCACAGAACUGUACGUUUGAGGGUCUUUCUCCUGGAAGUCUGUACCGACUUCAGGUGCUGAGCUUGAGUAGGGGCAUGAGCAGUGACUCCUCGGUGCUGGCUAGAACAGUUCCUGCUCCAGUGUCAUUCCUGGAGGUUCAGAGUUCAGGACAUACAGACCAACUCACUGUCAGUUGGCAGCAUGGGGAAGGGGGCAGGAGUCGCUACCAGGUGGUUCUUUAUGAUUCAAAUGGAGCCUCACUCAGUGAUCAAACAAUGGCAGCAGACCAUAAUAGGCACACUUUUUCAGGAUUAGUUCCUGGUCAUUUAUACCGAGCUGAGGUCCUUACACACAGCGGAGAACUCAUCAAUAGUGCUGUUGCUUUGGGGCGAACUUCCCCAGAUCCUCCCACCUACCUCUCUGUUAAACAAGGACCAACAAAUGACACCAUACUGUUGUCCUGGGCUGGCCCUACUUAUGGUGACUACAGUAACUUCAGUUUACUGUGGGCCCCUUCGGACCAGCUGACUGUCACCCCAGUGCACAUGACAGAGGCCAUUGUGAGUGGGAUGUUUCCUGGAAGACUGUACAAUUUUUCCCUGGUGACUGUGAGUGGGGGGAGUUACGGAUCUAUGGCCCGGAGCCAGCCAAUCCAGCACAGCGUUCGAACAAGUCCAUCACAGCUGAGAUCUCUCCACUGCUUCCCUCUGUCCUCCUCUUCGAUCUCCUGUUCCUGGGUGCCUCCUCUCUCCGACUUUGACUCGUAUCAUGUUGAGUGUCGCCGCCAUGACAAUAGGGAGCUGACCUCUGCGUUACGGUUGGCUGGGGGCGUCACCACGGUAACCCUGGACCACUUGGAUGCGUACAAGAAGUACUCUGUUACUGUCCGAGUGUCUUCAGCAGGCCAGACCAGUGCACCAGCCUCACACUCCACUGUCACCAUGAUAGACCGGCCUCCAGUCCCAGCUCCUACUGUCCACGUGAGCGAGAGGUCUGCAAAAGUCACAUCAUCGUCCAUUUUGUUUCGUUUCAACUGCUCCUGGUUCAGUGAUGCCAACGGAGCCAUACGGUACUUUGCUGUCAUUGUGGCUGAAUCUGAUGCCAAUGAGAUUCUGCAACCAGAGCAGCUUCACCCAAUGCCCUCUUAUCGUGAUUACAUCAAUAACUCAUCAGUCAGAGCCUACCAGAGUGCGUACUUCCCCAGUCGUUGUCCACAGGACUCUGAGGCCUCUGCUGGACAGGUUGUUGAGGUGAAUCUUGGAGCAGGAGGGGAUCGGCUGGGGGGAAAUUGCAACCUCUACCAUGAUGAUGACUUCUUAUUGAGCGACAGCUAUGGUGACUUCUGCGAUGGUCCACUGAAACCUAAAACUUCAUAUAGGUUGAGUGUUCGAGCUUUCACCAGACUGUUUGAUGAAAACCACAGAGAGUUUCCCCAGCCACUGUUCACUGACACUUACCUGUCUGCUCCCCUGAGGACUCAUGCUGAACCUCUUGGUGGAGUUGUGGAGGGAUUGAGUGCUGGUAUGUUUUUGAUUGGUGUCAUGGUGGCGGUGGCAGCUCUUCUAAUGUACAGACAGAGGCUGCGAAAAGUCAGGGCGGUGCAGGAGAACCCAGUGGUGCGGAUGAGCAUGUGGAAAGAGGUGCCAGCUUCAGGGAUGUAUAUGGGGGUCCGGAGUAACCGUAGAGUCACCAGUCCAAUCAAAGCCCACCAUUUUGAAUCGCAUUUGAAUAAACUUCAGGCUGAUUCAAACUAUCUGCUGUCAGAGGAGUUUGAGGAUCUGAAAGAUGUGGGUCGAAACCAGACCAUGGACCUGUCACGGCUGCCUGAGAAUAGAGGGAAGAACCGUUACAACAACAUCCUACCCUAUGAUUCCACCAGAGUGAAGCUGUCAUAUCUGGAGGAUGACCCUUGCUCAGACUACAUUAAUGCCAGCUACAUCCCGGGUAACAACUACCGCAGGGAGUACAUUGCCACCCAGGGCCCCCUGCCUGGCACCAAAGACGACUUCUGGAGGAUGGUGUGGGAACAUGGCGUCUACAACAUUGUCAUGGUGACGCAGUGUGUGGAGAAAGGACGGGUGAAGUGUGACCAGUACUGGCCUGCAGACAGGGAGCCUCUGUACUAUGGGGACCUGGUCAUCCAGCUGAUGUCAGACUCUGUGCUGCCUGAGUGGACCAUCAGAGAGUUCAAGAUCUCCUCGGAGAGCAGCUGCAGUUAUCCUCGGUUGGUGCGGCAUUUUCACUACACAGUUUGGCCUGAUCAUGGAGUUCCAGAGAGCACACAGUCCCUCAUCCAGUUUGUGCGCACAGUGAGAGAUUAUGUGGACAGAUCUCCCAGCACCGGAGCCACUGUUGUUCACUGCAGUGCUGGUGUUGGUCGAACUGGGACUUUCAUUGCUCUGGAUCGGGUAUUGCAGCAGUUGGACUCCAAAGGCACCAUAGACUUGUAUGGAUGUGUGUUUGACCUUCGGCUUCACCGUCAACACAUGGUUCAGACAGAGUGUCAGUAUUCCUUCCUGCACCAGUGUGUGAGAGAUGUCCUUCGAGCCCGAAAGCACCGCAGUGAGCAGGAGAACCCCCUGUACCCCAUAUAUGAAAACUACAACCCCGAAUACUGCAGAGAUUUCAUGUACACUGGAUGUUUAAAAGACUAAACUGAAGAUAAAGACUGUGAUUCUAAUGAUCACUGACAGUUUCUUCCAAACAUACUACUGUAUGUGGUUUGCAGUACCAAUUGAAAGACCUGUAGCAUACACUGUCUGAUUGGAUGCAAUGCUAUAGUAAGAAACAAAUCUAUUCAAAUUAAAUUUUAGUCAAAUGGUUUGACAAAAGUGGCAUUCAUUUUGACACGAUGCACUUAUGUUCUCACUGCCACGUGAAGUAUAAGCUGUUUAUUUAAGUCUACACAUAUUGCUGAAUGUAAAUAUUGAUGUAAUACUCUCUUAUAUAAUGAAAAAUAUUAUAUACAUGCAGAUUAUUUUAUAUUCAAAAAUGUUUUAUAUAUGCUUUGAAAAAUGUUAAUCUUCUGUAAUGUCAAAAACACAAUGGGAAACAAUUAUACCAUUAUUUAACUGUUUAUAUAGAGUAUUGAUUAAAUUUUUACAACA